AUGUCUCCCAACGCGAUUCCUCCUCGCACCUCGAGCACCGGCGUUUCGACCUCGCUCAACACGACCCCUACAAAGUCCGUCUUGCGACCUGUCCCCGAAGCCGACUGGCUGAGCCAGAAGCAGCUCUCUCCAAAGGCACAGGUCUCGAGUCCUGGUUACGGCGUCAUGCAGCCCACAUACCCGCCUCCCGACCCCGACCGCUACGCCCACGAGGAUCUUGAAUUCACGGCCAAGCGCUCCUGGAACGAAGACAAGGAGAGCGUCGUUCGCGGGCCUUACGACUAUGUCAUUAGCCAUCCUGGCAAAGACUUUCGCGCCCAGCUGAUUGGCGCAUUCAACGCCUGGCUCGAUGUGCCCGCAUCAAGCCUCGAGGUCAUCACCCGCGUCGUGGGUAUGCUUCACGAGUCCUCGCUCCUCAUUGACGAUGUUCAAGACUCGUCUGAGCUGCGCCGUGGCUUCCCCGUGGCGCACAACAUCUUUGGUGUCGCCCAGACCAUCAAUUCGGCAAACUACAUAUAUUUCGUCGCUCUACAAGAGCUACACAAGCUCAACAACCCAGACUUAAUCACCAUCUUUUCCGAUGAGCUUGUCAACCUCCACAGAGGUCAAGGAAUGGACCUGUUCUGGCGAGAUACCCUUACUUGCCCAACAGAGGAGGAUUACCUUGAAAUGGUCGGUAACAAGACGGGCGGCCUGUUCCGUCUUGGUAUCAAGCUUAUGGCCGCCGAAGCCGACGGUCCUACGGACUGCGUGUCCCUCGUCAACCUCAUUGGUCUUAUUUUCCAAAUCCGAGACGAUUACAUGAACCUGUCGUCAAAGGAAUACAGCCAUAAUAAGGGAAUGUGCGAGGAUCUGACCGAGGGCAAGUUCUCGUUCCCUGUCAUCCACAGCAUCCGCUCCAACCCCACAAAUCUCCAACUUAUCAACAUCCUCAAGCAAAAGACUUCAGACAUCCAGAUCAAGCGCUACGCUGUCGCUUACAUGGAGUCCACCGGCAGCUUUGAAUACACCCGCAAGGUUGUCGGAGUCCUCAUCGAGCGCGCCCGCAAGAUGGCCGAGGAGCUUGACCAAGGCCGGGGUAGCACCAAGGGCAUCCAGAAGAUCCUCGACAAGAUGUACAUUCCUUAA